UUAAGUUUUUCUCCAAGCCAUAAGUGACGGCUUACUAGGGCAGGUCUGGGACCGCUAGAGUGCUUAGGAGAAGGGAAAGCCAUAGGUGACGACUUACUAGGGCAGGUCAGGGACCGCUAGAGUGCUUAAAUCGGUCUGGGACCGUUACCGGUAUAUUGUUUUUGUCUUUGUGUUUGUUUGUCCUUUGUGUUUGUGAUAUACUGUUUGUUGUUGUGUUUAUUGUUGUUUAGGAUAAUUAAUAACAAUGGGUACCAGUACAUCUAAGCAAUGCAAAAUUAACCCAAAUCUCCCAAAACCUGAUAUGGGCAGCCCAAAUGUGCGGUUUAUGAGUGUAAACUAUGGGGUAGAGUGUGUGCAGCAGUUGCAUGAAUGGGUUAAACUUGGGUUUCCUGAAACAGGAAGCUUUAGCAUAAACCAGUUACAGCAACUGAAGGGUAAACUAAGAGAAAGAGAAUCAGAUAUUAAGAUGAGGUUACAGAAGAAAGAGAAGGUUUUUAAAAGUGAAUUAUUAACCCUCCCAGACUGGGAAAGUUUUGACAAAUGGUUAAAUGAAGCACAGAAACGGAAUAGAAAGUCCCAGGCAGGUAAGGAAAGGGAGUGGGGUGCUCAGGGAUCCUGUCAACCUUGUAUGUUCAGGGAGAAGGAAGACCUAAGUGCACCUCCACAUAGAAGAGGUCAAGCAGAAGCUGCCGAAGCAGAGGACCCACCCCAAUAUGAAGCUGGACUGCAACCACUGCUUUAUCCAGAAAUGCCUACAUUAACCCCUCAGGUAACCCCUACAAAAUCCCCUACAUCUCUUGCCUCAGCUCCACAGGUGUUUGGAAAUUUCCCUAUGAUUGAGGUCGCAGGUGCAGAUGGAAACACACAGUGGGUAUUCCGCCCAUGGCUCCUAAACGAGAUGAAGGAGGUUGCCAAGGAACUACCUGAUUUGAUUGCCACUGGAGGUAAUGAAUAUGCAAAAAUAUUAGAACAAAUUGUUCAUCAAUUUAGACCCACCACCGAGGAAGUCAGGAGACUAAUGACAGUAGCCAUGGGUCUCCGCUGGAGGAAAGUCGAACAUCACCUUCCUGCUAAUGACACCAGGUAUGGAUGGGCUGAUGGGGAUCUAUAUAGAACUAUAUUAACCACUUUGUUCCGAGCUAUUGAGACAACGUUUCCCCCACGCUCAGACAUUAAGAAAAUAGCAGCAUGUGUACAAAAGGGGGAUGAAAGAGUCUCUGACUAUCUUGUACGUUUAACCAAAGUUUAUGAGGAUAAUAUCGGCAUCCCUAGACCCAACAGACCAGAGGGAGGAGGAGAGCCAGCAUUGGGACCUUGGGAAAGCCACCUCCGGGAUUAUUUCGUCAAAGGUUUGUUGCCUAAACUCCGGGAGCAGGUCCAGCAAAAUUGUGUGGAUUGUGAUGCAGGACGGCUGGCUGCCUGUGAAAGAUUUGCUACACACACACGGAGCGCCUGCACCGCGAGAAGGAAGAGAAACAGGAAAAGAAGCGACAGGAAACAUCUGAUAAACUUCAAAUGCUUCAGCUAGCUUCUCUGCAACCGCCCGUCAACAAUGGCAGAAGAAACAGAGAAGACGAAGGGGUCAUGGACAAAUGGGUAAACCUAAGGGGUGUUUUAACUGUGGGCAGGAAGGACAUUGGGCACGGGAGUGUCCCAAAUCGGACACAAAAAACUCAGACUGACUAACCGGUGCACAGUUCGACCCAAUCCCUGAACCAGAUGAGCAGGAAAACCACAAGUCAAAGACACCUUGCCGACAGCAUCAGACCACAAUACUUCGCUGCACGGUUUGAAACCAGGGGACUGGAUUCUAGUAAAGAGCCUGAAAAGGAAGCACUGGAGACACCCUCACUGGCUGGGACCCUUCUGGAUACUCCUCACGACUGAUACAGCAGUUAAAAUCGGAGAGAGAGCAACAUGGAUCCAUGGAAGCCACUGCAAAAGGAUGCCCAGCUACAGCGGUAGCAGUACCCCUGAGCAGGAGCCAGGGCAGGAAGCAACUUAAGAUGUGGAAUGAAAGAAUCCUUAACCAUGAUAAUGUAUUGCAUUAUGUUGUUUUAUUCAAUGUAUUCCAUCCUGUUUUGGCAUUGCAAAGAGACUAUUUGACUGUUGUCCGGUUGUGCAUCCACCUAGAACUAUCCAAAGGUCUUAUCCUUUAACUGUAACUCAGCCCUCUGAAACUUAUGAAUCUCUGCGGGGGACAUUAGAAAUAUAUGAUGAAUUGCCAUUUAGAAAUUGCUAAAAAUAUAUGAGCAUUGAUUUGCUCAAAGGGGGAAAAUGUAAAGGCAAUUUCUACAAUUUCUAAUUUCUUCUUGCUUUUUGCUUAAAGAAAGUUGUUAUGCUAGAUCUAAUACUGAUGACCUAUAGCUAACCUUUCUAACCCUCUCCCUGAACUUGUAAUACGCCCACAUGUCUACCACAUGCCUACCACUUUCUAGACAGCAAUAAAACCACAUCACACACACAAUGGGCAGGAAAGGUAUGUUGGUGGAGAUCAGAAUAGAAAAGGACCAACAAUAGUGGAAACUGCACAUCUUGCAAAGUUCCACCGUAGGAGAAAGGGCACACCGGACAGACAGGGUAAAAAUAUGACCUUACAUGGUCAAGGAUGUAUUGAUUAUUACUGAUGUUACGCUUGUGACUUGUUAAGUUUUUCCUUUCUGUUAAUGCCAUAAAAAGCUAAUGCUUGCAAAUGUUCUGGGCAGUUCUUCUUAAUUGACGAACUGUCCACUAUAGUGAAAUAAACUUCUACUGAUUUUAA